UCAUCGGCUCAGUUUCCCCCUCUUCCCAGCGUCCCUCCAGCCCUGCCACUGUCCCGUCUGGGAGAAGCACUCCAUCCGCUACCCCACCUCAAGUGACGCCCCCUUCCAGUCCCAGCUUCUACAGGCCUGUCUCCCCUUUCUCUCUGCCUCUAUCCAGCCCUGUCAUGUCGGCGGUUGUAUCAGAUAUGAGUCCUGCUCCUCCUGGUCCCCUCCCUGCUCCUCCUGGUCCCCUCCCUGCUCCUCCUGGUCCCCUCCCUGCUCCUCCUCAUGCUGCUCCAGAUCAGUUCUGGCUGCCGGUGGAAAUGAGGAAGACCAUUCCCCAGCAGGACCAGCGCUGGAUUGCGUCCACGCUGUGGAGGAACCAGCGGCUGCGCCCGGACGUCCAGCUCUGGUAUGAGCCACCGGUUUCUGCCCUCAUCUACAACCAGGUCCCGUCACCAGACCGCUUUUUUAUGCACCCUGCCCCUCCUCCGAGUCCCUGACCAAGGAGCAGUGGUUGGCGGAGAGGAGGAACAAAGAUCACCCGUGUUGAAUCUAUAUGUUAUAUGUUAAAAUAAACAUGU